AGAGGCAAAUGGCGUUGUUGUGGAGCGGUGUUGUUCGUCGUCUUCGUGAAAAUGGCAAUUUGCCGAUUAUUCGCAGCUGAAAGUCACCGUACGACUGUUACAAUAAGUGCACAAGUGUUCUAGCUACGUGUUCGUAGGGCGUGCGUGUGUUUACGUGUCUUUACUGAAAUCCAGCCGCUAAAUGAUUGAGCUAAACACACGUGGAUUUGUGUACAUUCACAUCUUCGUUCAAGUCAGCUCUAAAGUACUUGCCAGGAGCGUUUGUGGCUCUCUGUCAGGCGUCGUAGUGUUUUAAAUAGUCGAGUAAUAGCGAUGGUAGUUAAUAUUACAGGUUCUCGCUUGAAAGGAGCGUUUCGAUUCGCUAAAGAGUGCGAUGUAAAUGUGCUGUUUACCGAGCUGACGCUUCCGCUGAUACUGGAGAACGUACUGGAGAACAUUGUUUCUAACAGCCGUUCAUGCAAGGUGAAGGAAUGACUUGAAGGCCUGACAUGUCUGAUGCUCGUUUCCAAAACCUCUUGUCACGUGAUGAGACACUUCUGGAGAAAAACCACACAGUGAGCGAGAUGCUUAGCAAACCAGCUGCAUCCUGGGAGGAACAGAAGUUUGGUGUGGAAAAUGUCCCAGUGGGGCAGACGACACCAUUCCUGUCACCACCACAGACUGUUGGUCCAGAUCCCGUGCACGACUUGCCGGCCGAGUUGUUGCAGGUGGGAUGGCGGCGCUUCUGGAGCAAGCGUGAAGGCCGGCCUUACUUCUUCAACAAACUCACAAAUGAGUCCCUGUGGGAAAUGCCACGGCUCAGCACACCAGCUCAGUAUGACCCACUGACUGACCCACUGGGAAUCCAAGGACCUCCAACACCUGUGGAUCCAGGCACCCCACCAGGUCCCUCACACCUUCUUCUCCCAUCUCCACCACCGACUUCCAGCCCUGUGCUUUUACCUCGAGCUGACAAACGACGAGCAUCUGAUGAUGCUAAUCCAGCAGCAGCCAAGAAAUUUGUGCUUAGCGGGCCAUUCGACCUGGAAGUGCCGACCAAUGUUGUCAUCUGGGAACGGUCUCCGACACUAAUGCCUCCACCACAUCCCGAUGUGGAAAACUUGCGGUCUACGCUCACCACCCGCUUGCGAAACAACUAUCAUGAAAUGUGUCACUCAAGAGAAGGAAUUGAGUGCCCAAAAGAAUCUUUCAUACGGUGGUUGAUGGAGCGCAAAGUCGUGGACAAGGGUCAUGACCCAUUGCUGCCAAGUGCAUGCCAUCCAGAGGUCUCUCAGUGCAUGUACCGGGAGAUUAUGAACGACAUCCCCAUCAAGCUUGUGCGACCGAAGUUUGCUGGGGACGCUCGCAAACAGCUCUCCAAGUAUGCAGAAGCAGCCAAGAAGAUGAUUGAGUCACGCAAUGCAAGUCCAGAAAGUCGCAAGAUUGUGAAAUGGAAUGUUGAAGAUGCAUUUCACUGGUUGCGAAAAACAUUGAAUGCCACUUAUGAUGACCAUUUGGAACGGCUUGCUCAUCUGAAAAAACAGUGUCAGCCACAUUUAGUCCAGGCAGCUCGUUCUUCAGUGGAAGGAAUAUGUGCCAAAAUAUAUCAUAUGUCUGUCGAAAAUGUGAAGAAGAUACGGGAAAAGCAUUGGACCAUUCUCAACCAGCAUGGCAUCGAAGAAAUCACAAGCCCAUUGCACGUGGCAAACCCCAAAAAAGUGUUCUGCUAUCCAGUCCAGUUUGCCAUCUCAUCACCUCGGUUACCAGCAGUGGAAGUGCUCACUGACAAGGACAGCACCCUUUUGCGCUACAAAGGGGAAGUUGUGCGCAUCAACACACUGUACUUUCAGAAACUCGAGCAACUUUACAGGUGGAACUGCACAGAUGACAGGAAAUUUGAGAACUUCCUUCCACGUGUUUGGUGCAUGCUGAAGAGGUACCAGACAUAUCUGGGACUGUCAUCUAAUGAAGGUCAUGGGACUCAAAAUUCACUGCCUGCACUGGUCAUGGAGUGCUUGCACAAGCAUUUUGGGGUGACCUUUGAGUGCUUUGCGUCACCUCUGAACUGCUACUUCAGGCAGUACUGCUCAGCAUUUCCUGACACUGACAGCUUCUUUGGAUCACGAGGGUCCAUCUUGAAGUUUUUUCCUGUUGCUGGCUCUUUUGAGGUCAACCCACCUUUUUCAGAAGAACUCAUGGAGGCCACUGUGAACCACCUGGAGCGGCUGCUUACAGAAUCACCGGAAUCGCUGUCCUUCAUAGUCUUUUUCCCAGACUUUCGAGAUCCUGUUCCAGUGGCCUUGACCAAGCUUGAGGCCAGCAGGUACAAGCGAGAGCAGCUGUUGAUUCCUGCCUAUGAUCAUGAGUACAGGCAUGGAUUUCAGCACAUCAUGCCCAGGACUGAAGUGAGUGUACGCUCAACUCAUGGGACGCACAUCAUCUUUCUACAAAAUGAUGCUGGCUAUGCCCGGUGGGGUCCAACACCUGAGCGGCUAGAUGCCCUGCGGGAAAGCUACCGACCAGGCCUGGACCGUGAGCGAGAUGUUGUUGCGGAGGUAGUCCCUGUUCCCUCAUUGCCUUCAAAAGAUGCACCACCGAAAGAGUCACCUCUUGGUGCCCCUAAGUUGCUCUAAACACUGGUAAACGUGGCUUUCUUUACCUCUCAUUGAAGGAGAAUUACAACUUUAGACACAUAGUCAAGCGUUUGCCGCCCAAACUUUAAAAUAUGAGCCAUUCGCAGAUACCCAGCUGCAGCUAUACAACAUUUGCACUUCAGCACAGUGCAGUUCUGCCUCCCUGCGCUGGCUUGGCAGUGUCCGGAUAACUUGCAGUGCAUUUUCCAUCACAGCUAGCGUUUUCUUGCACCACUGUUUCUUGGCUUCAUACAACAUCACUUGCUGUCUACUGUUGAUUCCUAACAUAGGAUAUGUAGAGUGAGAAUGUAAAGAGCACUAUUUGUGUGGUGAAUAUUUUCCAAAAUUACUCACUGGGUACGAAAUUUCUUGUUUUACUGUGAAGCAUCAUAACACAUACAAAAAAAAGGUCAGUCUUUAUGCAAGGAGUGGUGUGGAUGCAUUGCUAAUUCUUCCCUUGAUUUUUUUAGACUUUAGCAAUUGACCUUACCUGUACCACUUAUGUUGCACUGAUAGAAAUUUUAUGUAAAAGCAUGCUUUGCUAAAUGGGCCAAUAUACAGUCGAGUCCACUUAUAACAAUGUUGAGGUGCCAUGAAAAUAUCAUUGUUAUAACCGAUUAUUGUUAUAAUUGGGUUAUGCCGAAAAUAACAAAGAAAACGUGACAAACAAGAGCAUUUAAUGAAGGGAACAUGAUAAACAAGAGCACUUAAGGAGGGGGAAGUUGCUUACACUUUUCACUUUUUAGCAGGUAGAAAACCGUAAGAGGCAGCUACGACUGCUUACUGGCCAUCUUAUUGACAUCUUUUUGCAAAGCGUCCAACUGCUGCGCGUGGCCGAGCGGAAGGUUUUUAGCAAACACAAAAUCGCGCAGGGAGUCGAUCAUUUGCAACGCUUCCUGAUGCGACAGAACCUGCAUGGGUUCCGGUUCCUCCUCGUCGUCACUGCUGUCGUCUUUCGCGCCGGUGACCGCUGCGGCAGGUCGCCGCGGCAGGUGAAAGCAGCGGUGGCAUGCGAGGCCAAGUGCGCUAUCGCCUGGCCGCCGCGCGUAUGCUCUCAUGCCCUUUUGCCUAAUAGGCGGCGUUGGGGUGGCGUUGUCGCAGCGUUUUUGCAUUUUUGUUUCGUUCAGGGUUGGUUCCAGUGCCCACAUUUAAUUGUUAUAACCGAUAUUGCACCAUGACAGCAUUGUUAUAAGCAGCUUAUUUUGCCACAGGAUACAAUGAAAAGCUGACGGUGCCGCGGCUGUCCAUUGUUAUAUCGGAUAUAUUGUUAAAACCGAUAUUGUUAUAAGUGGACUCGACUGUAGACAAAACCAAGCCCCUGUAUUGAAUGCUAAGGGAAUCACAGAACAGUUCAUACUGAUAAAACAGUGUAUGAAUAAUGUUUAUGUUAACACCUAUUUCAACCUCUACCAGUCUGCAAUACCUUCCCACUAGUACAUGCGAGAAAGUGUCACUUGUGGUGCAUGAUGUGGAGUAGUAUACUACACCAAUCAUUCACAACCUGAUGGCCAUUGGCUGCAUAGCAUGAUUUAUUUGCAUAAUGUAUAGCCCUCAUAAAUUGAAGAACGAUAACUCAGACUCGCCAUGGUGACCUAGUGGUUAUGGUGCUCGACUGCUGACCGAAAGGUCAUGGGAUUGAAUCCCGGGUGUGGCGGCCACAUUUUCGAUGGAGGUGAAAAUGCCUGUGGCCCGUGUACUUAGAUUUAGGUGCGCGUUAACCCUUCGAGGGUCGAAUUUUUUUUGCAAAAUGCAGUCCAAAAAUGUGUCAUUUUUUUAUUGCUGAAAUAAAUUCUUCGGACGAUUCUAUUUAAGAAAAAAAUACACUCAAGCCUCAUUAUAACAAAGUCACAUCUGCCUCAAAAAUAACUUCGUUAUAUCCGAAAAUUCGUUAUAAAGGUUUAUUUUUAACACUGUAUCUAUUACAAGACUGUUCUUCGUUUACUUCGUUAUAACCGAUAAUUCGUUAUAUCCAUGUUCGUUAUAUCGAGGUUUGAGUGUAUCCAAAAUUUCUUUUCGUUACCGUAAAGUGACAAAAAAAUCAUUUUUGUUGUUACAUACACAGGGUUUAUUCGUCGUAAAAUCAAGCAAAAUCCUAAAAAAAAAAAAACAACUUUAACAGCUUUUUAUAAAUAAAAAUGAUGCAUUGUAUUAAACAUAGCUCACAGGCAUACAAAAAUAAGUGCACCAGAGUACUUUUCCGGUUAAAAAUGUUCAUGCUCUAACACUAAAAACUUUUCAGCGUGUGGUAGUCUUUGAAGCAGGGCUCGCCGUGCACGCUUUUCAGAUGUCGCUCCUUGGUCGUCAUCGGAGUCUGAACUCGUCAAAAAAUCCUCGUCUGACAAACUGAAAUCCAAUGAAUCAGAUUCUGAUUCGGCACUUGGGGAAUAGUCCGCAUCGGAAGAAUCGCUGCUCGACUCACCGGCAGCAGAGCAACCGGCGCGCGCUUCCAUAGAGUAAGCGAACUGCGUCAGUGAGCGCACGGAAAAAACCUCUAUGGUUGUGCACUCGUCCGGAAAGCAAAACGAGUGAAAAAGCUACAGUAAUCCUUUGUCUUAUCACCAACAAGACGUAGUUAGCUUUUCCGAGACCCCAAAACAGGAAACGCAAUCAUGGCGGUGUCGUUUGUGCAAUUUAGCGCCGCACGGAAACAGAUGUAAUCGCGCCCUGGGAGCAAUAAACGAGAGAGUAACAAGCGGUCACCCUUUGAGAGAUUAGGAAACAAACAGUCAUCAGCUUUGCGGGCGCAAGAAGCGAAAACCACCUGAAGGACGAAACCGAAACCUGCCGGACCGCAUGCGCGCAUUCUGAUGCACAAUUGAAAGCCGCCGCGCCACUUUGGAAAGCAAAAAAAAAAAAAAAAAAGGACUAAGAGACAUUGGUGCACGGAGGUGCAUCGGCGCAUUGAAAAAUUUCCACGUAUCCCCAAAGCGUGGCAGCACAUUCCAAGCAAGAGAAAUGAUCGAAGAAGGCGUGCGUUUGAACCCAACCACUCCGCGGAUACGCUCGGUUGCGCAAGCGAUAGCCGGCACGCCGUUUUGUGAAGCAUAAGAAAAGCAACAACGGAGAGACAUCGGCGCAUGAAAAAAAUUCCACGUAUUCCUGAAGCGUGGCAGCACAUGCAAAGCAAGAGAAAUGAUCGAAAAAGGUGCGCACUUUAAACCAGCUGCACCACAAACGUGCUCGGAUGGGCAAGCGAUAGCCGGCGCGCCGUUUUGAGAAGCAAAAAAUAUAUAUAUAUAUAGCGGAGAGACAUCAGCGUAUGAAAAAAAUUCCACGUACACUCAAACCUCAUUAUAACAAAGUCUCAUCUGCCACGAAAAUAACUUCGUUAUAUCCGAAAAUUCGUUAUAAACGUUUAUUUUUAACACUGUAGCUAUGACAAAACUAUUCUUCAUUUACUUCGUUAUAACCGAUAAUUCGUUAUAUCCGUGUUCGUUAUAACGAGGUUUGAGUGUAUUCCCUAAGUGUGGCAGCACAGGCCAAACAAGAGAAAUGAUCGAAAAAGGCGCGUGUUUUAAAAAUAAACACUAUGCCGUACAUGUACGACGAAACCCCUUUGGUACCAGGAAGCUUCUGCUGUACAUGUACGGCGAAAACCCUCAAGGGGUUAAAAAACCCCAGGCAGUCGAAAUUUCUGGAGCCCUCCACUACGGCGUCCCUCAUAAUCGUUUGUGGCUUUGGCACGUUAAACCCCAGCAAUUAUUACGAUAACUUAGGGCUAUGUAGUGCAUGCACUUUUGUUUCCGCUAUCUUCUAUUCGUGCCCCAUCAGCGUAAUAUUGGCUCGUACACUUACAUAAGGGCCAACGUCAUCUUAGUGGUCUGGUUUGUAGCAACAUGACUCAUUAUAACGAGCAAGUGCUCAUACCAGUUUCUAUACUUGAAGUUUUGAUGGUGCAUUUGCAGGCACAAAGGAAACUUAUUUCGUGUAUAAAAAUGAAAAACCUAGGCAAUGCACGUGUGAUGAGAUUAAAAACCUGUUUUAAUGCUAGUCCUUAAUGCUCAUUUACAUCAGCCACAGAGUGCCUCUACAGCAAGCUUCCAUGCAAAGGUUUAUCUCACUUUAAGCAAGUACCAUCUUUUGGAUGGAAGCGCUGAGGAAGUAUUGGCCAUAAGGCCAUGGUGCAGCAUUUUAUUUGAUUGUAUUAGAAUACCGUAUGUUCCUGUGUAAGGGCCACACCCUUAAAGGGCCAGUAAACAACCUCGUGGUCCGAAAUUUCUAAUGGAGAAAUAACUGUGCACUUGUACAAUGUGAACAUGCUGCUGCUAGAACUUUGCGAAUAAGUGCUGUGUUAAAGGGGUCAUGAACCACUUUUCCAAGUAAUGAUCUAAUGACCUCAGUAUCGGAAUUUACUGCUUCCCGAAUCGAUCGCCGCAAAACUUUCUCGAAUCCGUCAAGAAUGAGCGGAGUUACGGGGGUUUGGCGCACGCUCUCAGCGCUUUCUCUCUUUUCUCGUGCCGACGAGCGCACUGGAAGCUAGACAGGGAGGGAUGGCACUGGGGAAAGAAGUUACACCAGCGCGCGUCAUGAAACGCGAUCACUCUCCCGCUGCGAUUCGCAUGCGCGAGUGCGGCUACCGUGUAAAUUUAGCAGACUGAGGAGUGCGGCGCGGGCAAGUGGCGGCACCCCGUGGCAAGAAGCUCAUCUCAUCCGGCUAUCGGCCAGUAAGCAUGCUAUAUCUCUUACGACAUAAACUGGCAGAUCCGCGACGUCAACGUGCAGACGCCCCGCCCACCGACGAGAGUGAGAACCGGCCUCUGUUUGAAAAGAGGGCGCCUGAGGAAACGGCAACUUCGCGCUCCGCUUGUGGCCUUUACGCGGCGCGCACGACUGUAAUAUUUUGCAGAGCAGUUCAUAGCCGUGUCAGCUUUCCGCAGGAUGUGUUUUUUCAACAAGCCUAAGGGGUGCUUCAUGACCCCUUUAAGGAAGUUACAUGGUAUAGGGUGACCCCCGUAGGUUAGUUUCAGUUUCUCACUCGUCCUUCCCACCCUUCUCUCGCAGUGGAGAGGGGUAGACAUAGCCCUUUGUCGUGACUACGCUUACUUCGUCAACGUAACACGACGUCGGCGACUAUGUCAUCGGCACGCAGCCAAUGACCAAGCAAGGUUUCCCCCAUAUGCGCACGUUUCAUAGCGGCAAAGGGAGCAAGCGCAGUGCGAGGAGUAUGAGGCACUGGCGAGGCAUGCACCCUUCCCCUAGCGGUAAAGUAGUGAGACGCCUCUUCAUCUCGGAGGCUUUCAUUCUGGCAAUACCACUUGUCCCGGUAGUCUCGGGCUCUACAAAACGGCAGAGGGCAGCACAGGAAAGUGAAAAUGCGGACUGCAUAGCCGAAACUGCAUCACCGCAGGGCCAAGGCGCCGCUUCAUAGUGCAAAGGACCAAUCGACAAGCUCAGUGGUACGAAAUGUUGCCCAUGGGCAAGAUUUCAUCACUGCACGUACAAGGAGGAUUGGACAAGCGUAGGAAAGAGGUGCGGGAAUUGUUUUUUGAAAUGGAGGGUCUGUGCCGUGUGCAGCGCUGUAAUAUUCGCAAAAUGUGAUCGCCGCGGUUUAGUGUACGAAUUAGCGAGCUUGUUUGGGGGGUGUAAAAAAAAAGGCGGAGCCUGUUUACUGGCCCUUUAAAUUUGAGUUUCAAUAUUUUAGAAAAACGUAUUUCAGAAAAUAUUUGUGCAUAAGCCACACACCUCACCCUUGGCGUGUGCCUUGUCAGCUGCUGCCAAACGGUAUGCGCUGCAAUAUCCAAAUGGUGUGCAGAAGCAUACUGAGCGGCAUAUGGGGCUCGUCUUUGGUCCGUUUGUUGCUUUUACAGUUUCAAUCAAACUCGGAUAUAUCAGAACAGUUGUCACAUCCCUUUGGAAGUCCUAUGCAUAGCACUGUAUUACAUGUACACAGAACUCCCGUUCAUCUCCACAUUCAAUAUAUUGAAUGCUGUUGCGCUUCUGCAAGUGCACUUCUUCCAUGUGGCCGACGAUCAUUUGUGUCAUCGGAAAUAUUCAUGCUGAUGAAACCGUAUUGAUGCAAAUGCAAUAGGCACGAAGUGUUUUGGUAUCACUGUAGAGUUCCCACUGAUAACUGCAAUGACCAGAGCUUCACUGCUUCAUUUCUAUAGGAGGUUAGUGCUGUUUUUGCUCUUUUUCGUUGUAUACUUGCAGCACUUAAUGCUUGAUAUGUUCCCAGUAUUGUCUGAGCAAUGUGGGAUUCUAAAUGUAUCCAAAGGAAAGGAAAUUUAAUGUCGUUAAAAUAAAGCAUAUGCAUGCUAGGACUAGAGGACAUGUCUAAAUUAUCCAGUUUUCUGAAUUAAGGAGUUUUUAACUGCAUAGUAGUAGUAGACAUACCAGCAGUCUUGGAGGCAUUGCACCGUCAAGGGGUACUGGAAACAUAUAUGAAUACCUUAGCCAACAUCUGUAAAGACGCCACAGCUACCUCGCCUCUCAAAAAAAGGGAGGGGGGGGGGGAUUGAGAAAGGAGUCAACCAAGAAGGUACAAUCUCUCGGAUGUUCCCUGUAUGAUUAGAAGAAGUAUUGCAGUGACUAAAUUAGGAAGAAAUUGGUAUAAAGAUUAAUGGAGAAUAUCUCGGCAACUUUUGUAGAUGACAUUGUGCUCACCAUUACUGUUGAAAAAUUGCAAAAAAUCAUUGAGGACCUCCUCAACUAGGAAAGUGUUAAAGUGGGGCUAAAGAUAAAUAUGCAGAAGACAAAGGUAAAGCACAAUAGCCCAGUGAGGGAACAAGGAUUUGAUAUUGGCAUCCAGCCCCUGUAAUCUGUGCAAGAUUAUGCAUAUCUGGGCCAUUUACCGGGAGCGUACUCAUGAAAAAGAAAUCCACUGGAAAAUAAGGAUGGGCUGGUGUGAAUACAGUAGACAUUUCCAAAUCAUCAGCCCCAACCAUUGCAGUCUACUGGUACUAGCAUAGUACGGUGCAAAAACUUGGAGGAUAACAAAGAAACUUGAGAAGAAACUGAGGACCACGCAGCAUGAAAUGGAAUCAAAAGUGGUAGAUGUAACACUAAGAGAUGGGAAGCAAGCAGAGUGGACCAGAGAACAAAUAGGGUAGCCAGUAUUCUAGUUGGCAUUUAUAGAAAGAAAAAUAGAGCGGGUCAGGUCACGUAAUGCAUAGGACAGAGGAGUGACGAAAUGGGUACCGAGGGAUAAGAAGCACAGCCAAGGAUGACAGAAAGACAGGUGGGGUGAUAUGGAAUUAGAAAAUUAGCAAGCAUAAAAUGGAAUCAGUUUGCACAAGACAGGGGGAAUUGGAGAUCUUUGGAAAAAGCUUUCAGCCUGCAGUGUAGGGUGUUGAUAACAAUGAUGAUAAUGAAGUUUGAUGCCGGAAUUUGCCUUGACCUUUUCACUGCAAGCAAACUUUGCUGCUGGGCAUGACACCAUAGACAAUGUUUAUUGUAAGCUUCGCAAGCAAGGGUGCCACUUUGCUUGAGACAUUAUGCACUAUAGAACAGCCUUCAGUAAUCUUGAUCUUGAAUUUCCUUUUGGCAUUUAAAUCCACCUAUGGAAGCCAAUGUCGGAGCUGAAAGCCCAACAUUGAUAUUGCAUGGAAGGUUUUUGCGUCUAUUUUACAUGCACUCUUCUUUAUUGGUCUGUUGCUGUCAGGCUGCCAAACUUCUAGCAGACUUUGUGGCCAGAUGCAUUUGGCAUAUUUUCUUGUCUAAGGGUUGCAUUCAUGUACGAAGUGUACACCUAUGCAUGGGAAAAUAUAUAAAAAAAUAUUUGUGAUAUCAUCCAUUCCCCAUUUUGAAAGGAUUCGUCACUAGUCAGCAUCACACCUCUCAUUAUAUAUCUCCAACUACUGUUAGCUUUAGUAAUGUUCUGUUCACAUUUUCCAUGAUAACUGCUUUGGUUUUAUCAAAUGGCUCUUUUUAAGUUGCUGAGCUGGCUGAUUCUUAUCAUUCUGCUGCUAACACAAUCCUGUAUUUUGUGCCUGGCAUGUAAAGCUUGGCCUUGCUUCUGAGGAUAAAAUCAUUUUUGGAGAAUGGGCUCUUGGUGAACAAGGAUCCACCUGCUCAAAGGCUCGCAGUGUUGUGUUGUAAUUGAGUUGGUGAUCAAAACUAAAAAAAUUCUCUUUCAGUUAUCCUGUACGACUACAUGCACAUCUGUUUUUGAUGUAUGUAUUUACCUACAUACUUUUUAAUUGUGCAAGAUACUCAUAUGCAAAUUUUAGGCAGAAAAAAGGUGUGGCCCUUACACAUGAACUUACAGUACUACUCCCCUUUAGACAAGUCACGGCUUUUAACACAGCGCUAAAGGCAGCAAUGAAAUGCUGAACUGUUUUAUGCAUUUGUGGUGUAAACUUUGGUUGCAUCAAUUUCAAGAGUGCUGAAAGUUAGACUGUUGAUAUGAGUUAAUUUUUUUUAUGUAGUGGAACCAGAGAAAGUAAACAAAAAGAGGAAAGGUGCGCACAGUGUAUACAAGCUCCAUAUUCUCUUGUGCGCACUGUGUCUGCUUUUUGAAUCUGUAAGCAUUUCUGUGCCAGCUCAACAAGAAAACUUUUCGUCCCUCUAUCACGUAAGACAAUCAUCACCAUAAAUAAAUAAAUGAAUAAAACAAAAUAAUUAUUCUUGGCAGGGCUGGGUUUGAACCUGGGCCCCCACGUUCCAAAAGCAAGUGUCUUAAAGUGGCCCUGAAACACUUUUUUCAACUAAUCAUGGAAUGACUUCAUCAAAGGAGUUUAUUGCCUCACGUAUUGACUGCCAUCAAAAUGUUUAGAAUUCGUCAAGCAUGAGCGGAGUUACGGGGAUUUGUCGCACGCUUUAAGCGCUUUCUUUCUCUUUUCGUACCAGUGUGCACGCUGAAACAACCCCAUGGCCUUUUCAUGAAGCUUCUGUUGUACAGGUUUCAUAAAUGCUGUGUGAUAUCAAUGUCUAUCACCACCUUGUGGCCAGGACUUUCAGUUUGUCCACUUUUAUAGCUUUCAUGGUGUCUUUACUAGAUUUUUAGUUUUGUUCGCUGUCUGAAAGCUGCAGUAAUAUAAAAAUGGUAUGUGAAACUUUCACGUGGUAGAUUAUUUUCAUUUACUUUUAGUCUGUCCUUGCUCAGUGAAACAGACAAAAAUUAUUUUCAUUCAAGUGCCCACUUCUGUGCUACUUGCAUACACAGCACUGACUGCAAGAGCAGUAUAUGUGACACUCUCCUUAGUAUGUUAAUCUGUCUGUCCACUAAUUUAAUCUGUUUGUCUAGGAUUGGACAGACAAAGCUUCUCUUGGCAGUCAUUAGAAGGUGCAAAUGGAUUGAGCUGAUGGCAUUUCAUACAUCUCUCUAUCACAUUAGAGUCCACCGACGCCAGGUUUAUUUCUUUUUUUCAUGAGGGCACAGUGAAAUGGCUGAGAGAGAUGACGGAAGGUUAACCACAUCUCAUUAUCCAGUUUGCUGCCUUGUGCUGUGCUAUGGGGUGGGUAGAACAAGUACAAGACUAUCAGGGAGUUCACAACACAUGUGUAAAAAAAAAUACACCAAAGCGUGUUGUUAUGUUAACCAAGGCAGUUGGCCAAAGUGAGCAGAACAUCUUCUGUUCUGGCAAUCGGUGAGACCAUUUUUAGAUUUUAUGAGCAUGGAAUGAUAGUUUGUGGAGCACUCCUUUACACAAGGGAUACCAGCACUGCAUUUAUGUAUGUAUACAGUACAUACAUCGCACUUUGAGCAAACGUGGCGUGCUGGUUGUUAACUAGCACACUGAAGACUUCCCUUAGUGACCAUAGUACAGAUAUGGCUUGAUAAUCUGUAAGUAGGUGUAGGUGUGUCAGUAGGCGUGUCAGUAGGUGUAGUGCAUGUUAGAGCAGGAACAGCACACUUCUGUUCUGCAUAUAUGGUCAUGUCAGAGAAGUACUUUGGUAGAUUGCAAAUGGCAGGAAUAAGGUUCGUUGCACAAGCUAUGGUUAAGCACGAUGCUUGUAAAGGAUACCACUAACUUGGGUGUGCUAGGCAGCAGAACGUACAGGCUAGAGAUCAAAAAGGAGGAGUGUGGCCAUAUGUUCCAAAAAGUGUGUGUGCCCAGAAAGGAAAGGUGAUACUGGCCAUGCUGCAAAUGAGUAUUGUUGGAUGAGCCAUAUAUACUGAUGUUGCUGUAAAAGUGGUGCUUUUAUUUGCUUGACCAAGUCUUUUAUAACAGGGAGAACAACAUGAACACGGUUGUUUUUAAUGUUUCUCUUGCUUUUAUGGUUUAGCAAGCAAGGCACAGCAACACAUAUAAAACAUUCAAAAUGACCUGAUAAUGAUAUGUUACUUGGCAGGAGAUGUUACCUUGAGAGGGGAAAAAAAGCAAUUGAUGCAAUUGAAGUUGAUGCAAGCACUUUUUCAUCACAGUGAGAUGUUUCUGGAAGCAAAAGGUUUCAUUCACGAGUAAAGGAAUGCCGUUAAAUCAUACAUUGCUGAGGCAGUUCUGAAUAAUAGAAUAUAUUUCUUUUAUUAUAAUAAAAGUUGGUGUUUCUGAAACCGUUGACUGACUUUAUUAGUGGAUUUAUUCUAGAUAAAAAUAAGUAAAAAUUAAGCAGUGUUAUUAGUGUCCUUCCUCACAUCAGCCCCAUUUUUCUUCAUCUAUGUGAAAUUGGGAUCAGCACUUCAUUUUGUUCCUGUAUGAGCCAUUUGUUCAUAGCAGAGUGAUUAAAGGGCCCCUCAAGGGCGGGGCAUUGCAAGUGGACAGAUACAUUUUUUGCCUAGAUGACACGACACUGACAGUUGUAACUUUGAAGUAUCAAACUGCUGAUUGGCACAAGAACAGCUGGAAUUUCACACUAAAGCUCAUGCAUUCUUCCUCGAGAGAGAGAGCCGGGCAGCCAAGGUCAUUUGUGCAAAGACCUGUAUAUCAGGUGAACUGCCUGCAACGUCACCAUGGCACAUGGCUUUGGUAAAUCAUCUAAUGCAGAAUUCACGAGACCACCAGUGAAAGCAUGCUCCGCUGCAAAAAGAAAAAAAAAGCAGGUGGGGCUCAUUGGGCUCAUUACAUAAGUGGGAUGUGGUCCCUCAACUUUGGUGUUGGAAGAAGAAGGAAAAGCUUCCGUACUCAAGGUAAAGGGAGAGCUGCCUCCUGGCAGUGUGGUGAUGUAGUAAAACACUCCCUGGAGUGCACUUUACAACUCUCACUAUAUAACCACUAUUGCUAACGAGGUCUGGUGAGGGGCCCUUUAAAGGAGUCAUGAACCGCUUUUCCAAGUAAUGAUCUAAUGACCUCAGUAUUGGAGUUUACUGCCUCCGGAUUCGAUUUCCGCAAAAAUUUCUCGAAUCCGUCGAGAACAAGCGGAGUUACGGGGCUUUGGUGCACGCUCUCAGUGCUUUCUCUCUUUUCUCGUCCCAACGAGCGCACUGCAAGCUACACAGGGAGAGAUGGCACAGGGGAAAGAAGUUACGUCAGUGCGUGUCGUGAAACGCGAUCGCUCUCCCACUGAUUCACGUGCGCGAGUGUGGCUACCGUGUAAAGUUAGCAGACUGAGGAGUGUGGCGCCGAUAAGUGGUGGCACCCAGUGGCAAGAAGCGCAUCUGAUCUGAACGCCGCUCUCGAUUUAUGUCGGCUAUCGGCCAAUGAGGAUGCUAUGUCUUUUGCGACGCGGAGAAGCAGAUUAGCGAUGUCAACCGGCAGGCGCUCACCGACGAGAGUGAGAACUGGCCUCUGUUUGUAAAGAGGGCGCCUGAGAAAACAGCAACUUCGCGCUCCGCUUGCAGCCUUUACGCGCAGCGCACGACUGCAAUAUUUGGCUGAGCAGUUUAUAGCCGUGUCAGCUUUCCGCAGGAUGUGUUUUUUCAACAAGCCCAAGGGGUGCUUCAUGACCCCUUUAAACAAUCGUGACGAGCAGAGCAUGCGCUUUGAAUGCAUGGAAGGGGUUUCUGGAUAUGGCUGGGAAUUGCCACAAUCGAUAGAGAGAGAGAGAGAGAAAUUUAACUAAGUUUUGAGCUCCGCACAUGCACCGUGGUAGCCACUGAACUUGGCGAACAGGUGCAUGGCCAGGUGCUUUCACAUCUGGCCAUGUCUGUAUACUGUGUUCUAAAAGCACUUUUAUGAAAUUUCAGCAGGCUCCUUUAACUAUACCAUGUCGCCCUAGAACCAUGUGAUUGAAAUGACAUGUAAUUAAGAACCUUUGCACACUUACGUAAAUCUAAGAAACUCUCUUACAUCAAAGGCAGACAUGCCUCGUAAUAGAGCACCCGUACCCCUCAGAGCUGCCAGGGCUUGCCACAGGGGCAUAGCCAGAAAUUUUUUUCGGGGGUGGAGGGGGGUUCAACCAUACUUUAUGUAUGUUCGUGCGUGCAUUUGUAUGUGCGCGUGUAUAUAUACGCAAGCAAAACUGAAAAAUUUCGGGGGGGGGGGGGGGGGUUGAACCCCCCCAAUCCCCCCCUGGCUACGCCCCUGGCUUGCCACUACUUGAAAGCUACCAAAGACCGAGAACUAACAUUCAAUUCCUUAGCUAUACCUCAGCCUUUUAUGUGCUGCAAUAUAUGUGAUCUUUGCAGAGAGACUUGUGUUUUUCUUUUAAAGGGACCCUGAGACACAUUUCAACAUACUUAGAAAAUGUCGCCGGUCUGUAGACAGGCUUAUGUGAACAUUCGAUCCUAAUAAUGUUGCACUGCAUGCUGCGGGGAAUUUAUAAUCUCAUGUCAAAAACAACCAAAGAUCACUUGCUCUCUCCUUGUCUGCAGUGUUAUCAUUAGCUAGUAUGCAGAAAACAGGCACAAGUGGCCCAAUAGGUGUUAGAAGAUUUUGUGAUCACAAGAGCAUUCUCAGUAAUGCUAUUAUUGUUGAUUGGGAGUUAAAUAGUAUACAUGUCUGCAAUCUCAAGAAGACCAAAAAAAGUAUUUCAUCUUUGUACUUCUGAUCUCAGUUGACAGUCUGGUUAGUUUUUCGUUUAAUCCUUCACCCGACACAUUACAUGCGGGCUCUUUUAAACACUACGGGCAUGACUCAGUCACUUCUCGCAUACUAAGUUCACUAUGAGAGGACUCACCUAUGCAUAUUGUUGCCUUCCAGAGCACAGGUGCACUUGCCACACCUCGCGAUCUAGAUGCCUUGGCAGAUGUCGCUUCGUAUUUAGUGAACUUAUAAUAGUACCCAAAAAUGUGCACGCUGGAUUUGGCUACUAUUCGUCAGUCAGCUGGUGCAGGGUAAAGCUGGUUUACAUCACGUACUCAUGUAGCUCGACCAGACUAGAGUACACAAGCACUCCUGCUCUUUCAAUUAGGAUUGAACCUUUCUAUGGUGAUAUGCAACCUCCAACAUGCAACCUUUCUUAUUCCUAGCUCAGCUUCAGUAGCUGUUUCAAGAGUACAAGGCCCAAGGCAGUUGUGUAUUGACUGAACUAUGGACAACCAUGGCAUGUAUCACCACAUAACUGGUGUAUACCAGCAAUACAUCAACUCUGUCUUGUUACAAUCAUGUCAGCCCUACUGCUAAUUCAUUUGUUUGGUACACAGAGCUGGGUAACGUUUUUCAUCACGUUAGAAAUCGGAAUGUGCAUCCUGGUUCCCCCGUUGCUUGUUCAUAGAAAAUUUGGCUCAGUUGCUGGAGAUUUUGCGUGUGCGAAAUGCUUGCCACCCAUGCACCACAUAUCAUCAUUGAGUUUUUGUUGUCUUUCACCAUGCCUUCAUUAACAUUCUGGCCCUAGCCCAACACAAAAUUUUACCUUUGUUUUUGUUUACUGCAGUGGGAGGUAUUGAACAGCUCAUCGUUGUAUGGAACCUCGCUUGCUCCCUCCAGCUCACAAGUCAUUAAUUUCAUCCUUCUUUAGUACCAGUCCAGAUUUCAAUUUUAAACUCUGAAAAAAAAAAAGAUAUCAAUUAUGCCACCGGCCCCAGGUGGCUGUCAUGCGUGAUCAUGUGUUGUCUCAAACUACAAAAACACAUGAAACGGUGUGUUGUGCAGCAGAAGGCUGAGUGCAUAUGCAUCCCACCAAGUAAUCUUAUGUCCUGUUCCACCAAACCAGUUCCUCCCUCUUUUUUUCCCUACAUUUAGCUUCUUCUCAUUCCAUGUGUGAUAAGACAUUUGAAGUGAUGGUGCAGGUUCAUCAAAAGGUUGGCUUUUUGGCGAAGUUGGAAGAGAGAAAGAGAAGAGGCAGAGAGGUCAGUCUGUGGCACAUUCCUCAUAGCUAAAUACUCCAUAAUGAGCGAAGGGGAAAAUAAACUGGUCUACUCAGCCUCGAGUCCAUGCCCGUAUAUUUUAAAAAUUGGCUAAGGCCUGGAUGACCUGAAAAAUAAAUUUACAAUCGCGUAAAAGGCCCAUUAGUAUGCAGUCCUCUGACAGCUGUUCAGUUAGCCGGCUGCCAUGUGUUUCCACAUCUCAACAUUUCAGGGCAUAUACUGAACAUAAUCAAGACUGACCAUGCAUUUACAGGUUACCUUCAAGCAUUUUGAUGUAUAUGCAUCAGGGUGCUGAAGUUUAAAAUCAUCCACCUGCUCAUAUUAAAACAAAAUAUCUUUUUUAACUUUUUUCUGCCGUUAAUGCUUCAUUAUGGUUAUUCAUGUGUACUUGUAUUGUAAAUGGCAGGUUUAGGGGUAUAUAAACUUUUUUCAGUAACUUUUGUCAAUGCUGCUUUAAAGGACCAUUAAACAAUAUCAAGGGCCAAAAUUUGUUAUGAAGAAAUAACUUCGCACUUGUGCGUCAUAACAUGCUGCCACGAGAAUUACCCUUUCGUGUCCACUUCAGCUGGUACCGGUUUCUCGCUCGGCCUUGCUCGGCCUCUGCCAUGAAGAGGGGUAGGCGUAGCCUGUCGUUGUGACUACGCUCCUUUUGGAAUGUAGACUUUGCAUCAUUGCCGCACAGCCAAUGACUGAGCAAGUCUUCCUCCACAUGUUGCUUCGGUCGGUUACCUACAGGUGGCGUGAUACUGAACCGCGGGGUGAGGCACUGACGAGGUAAACUAACAGACCAUGCGUGCAACAACUGCGCGGCCAAAACCGCAUCUGUAAAGCAGUUGCUAGAAGCUGCGCUUUAAUCGUAUAAAAAGACUGGAUGAAUUUUUUCAUCUUGGAAGCCAACUGUGUCUGGUAGGCUGUGUUGUCUAAAUCAUUGCAGAGAACUAAAAGUGGUGCUCUUUGCAUUCUCACUCAUUUUUUUACACACUGUUGUACGGUUAUGAUGACUGUUGCAAAGCCCUGGUAUCAAAAUUUUUAUUGUGUAGGAGACAAAAGUAAUAUAAAACAACUCAAAAUAACAGCAGGUGAUGUUAAUGUUGCCAUUUGGUUACCACUAGUGGCGCCUAAAAUGCUGUUUAUGUUGAGUGUAUUCUGCUAUGUGUUGUAUUGCUAAUACUUAAAUGUUACCCUUGGUGUCCUUUGCAUAACCUCUUUAGUAUAUAUAAGUGAUACAUGGUAUGCACUAGCUAUGUUGACUUGACCAAUUGGGUAAUUAGUGUGGAAAGGCGUGAAAGUGACAUUCUCCUUGCCUGUUUUAUUUUGUCUGAAUACAUCAGGCUAAAUGCAAGCUGUACAGACUACACAUAUAAGUUGCUUCAUAUUUUUAUGCUGUGCGAACCAUUUCAGUAAAGCAUCAAUGUAUAGAUUCAUUCAAAGCAUCACAUUGCAUUUUCCUGGUGUCUGUGUGUGUGUGUGUGUGUGUGUGUGGGGCCGAUGGUAUGUAUUUUAGUGCAAUUUUUAGCUUAUUUUUAUUUUUAUUUAUGCAUGCUCUGUUUUUAUGAUGGGUUUUUAACUUUUUAUUUAGGUUUUGAAUGUGGCUUUUGUGUCUUUAAAAUUGUCGACGCUCUUGUCAGCAAAGUAUAGGCUGGCCACCUUCAUGUACAUUCUCAACCUGAAUCACAGUGGAUGAGUGGGUGCCAAAUUCAGUGUUCUUUCAGCAUUACUGUUUUGUGGCACAUAUUCACAGUGUAUUCAUCUUUUUUUUUUUCUCUGUCUAUUAAUUACAGUCGCCGACCGAUAAAUCGGACACCGAUAAUUCGGACAUGCUCGGUAAUUCGGACAGUCAUGCGGCACCGCCGAUGAUCCCAUAGUAGUAAUGUGUAAAGACGACCGAUAUUUCGGACAGCUGCUAGAUCUACAUUCGAUAAUCCGGACCUGUCCGAGACUGUCGCGCACGUCGAAUUGCCAGCCAUUAUCUCCUCCGGCACCCAUACCAUACAAAGUAUGGCCUCAGAGAUCAAAAUGAGAGCUAGAUUGUGAUCUAUGGGGCUUUAUUUCGAUCGCUAUUUAUGCCUCAGAGAUUUGUAAUUGAAAAUGCUAAUCUUGGAGGCAUUGAUCAACUGUGGAAAAUCGUAUCGACAUCGCGAACAUCCUACAUUCCGGUUCGCGUAUCCCCGCGCUGCACUGCUUUUGCUGCUGUCGCCACCAUUCUGUCGAAUGUGUCUGUGGUAAAGCAUUUUGCUAAGGCAGUGACUACGAUGAUAGUACUGCACUGAUGGGCCCCAUCAGUGCAGUGGUGUCGUAAGAUGAGUGUUGUAGAACUCUGGGACGAAGCGCCUCCGGGCGCUGCGUCUCCUCCCAUCUGACAACAGCACUAUAUCGUAACACUGAGGGGGCCCGUCAGCGUAGUGUAAUCGGAAUAGUGACGGGGCCCGUCACCGUAUUACACUACAGUGACGGGCCUCGUCUCGAGCCCUCGCUGUUCUUUCGUUAUUGUACAGCGAUCACAUCACACUGGCGCAGAUACAGGCGGACUUUGACGCACGUGAGUGGAAGUGCAUGCUGCAACUCAUUGACAACUUUUUUCGACCACCGGGACACUGCAGUGUCAAUAAAAGUAUAUAUUUUCUGACGCAUUCAUUUUUUUGGACAUUUGAUAAUUUGGACCUAUUUACGUUCCCCAUGGAGUCCGAAUUAUUGGUCGUCGACUGUAUUUUACUACACAGAAAGCUACUUUGUUAUAUAAUAAAAGUAAUAAAUGAAGUAAUAACAAUGAGCAAGAGAUGUUCAAAACAGCUUCACAGUACCGAUAAAGUUGGUAAUAGUUCACAGAAUAUCUGCCAUGGUAGCCCAGUGUCUAUGGUGUUGCACUGCUGUGCUUGAGGUUAUGAGUUUUAUCCUGGCCAUGGCAGGCUCAUUUGAGUGGUUAAGUGCAAAGAUACUUUCAUUUAGGCACAUGUUAAAUAAACCCCGGUGGUAAAGAUUAAUCCAGUCUCUCACACUCAUGUGCCUCAUAGUCAGAUCAUGAUUUUGGCACUUAAAACCCCAGAAUUUCCUUUUAAUUUUUCAGUUCACAGAAUAUCAUUUUGAUGUAUACAAAGAGCUGAAUGCAUAUACUAGAGCUCAGCAGCUCAACAUGUGUUCAACAUGUGUCAUCAUGUUGAAAGAAGGUCUUUACAUGUGUCAUGUUUCUACGUCAAUGUCAACUUUUUGGCAUGUCUUGUUUGUUACUCAAAAUAAGUUCUCUGCAGACAUUGGGUGCUUGUAAUAUUGGCUGUGCUGCAGUUACGCUGGCAUGCAUCAUUGCAGGAAGGCUUUUGCAGUGGAGAAAGCCACUUACUGAGUAAGUAACUAGCACCACUAAGUAAAUAGCAAUCUUUGCAUAUUUAGCGCAAUUAUAAAUGUGUCGAUAUGUGCAUGGGACUAAAAAAAUAUUGUGGAAUAAUCAAUCUAUUUCCUCUUAAAGAAAGUACAGAAGUUUGAUUAUUGGGAUCAGCACUCCUAGCAUCAUUAAACAGCUUCAAAACCAUAGCAUUUUUGUAUAUAGCAGAACUGCUCAUAGUUCUGGCAAUUCUUUAUGCUUGUUUUCUUUUUGUUCCUUAUUUUUAAUUGUGAAAUUUCUUGAUCUCAGGCAAUGCUCAUGGACAGAAUAAUUGGUCAGUCUGUUACUGGACCAGUUUGAGUUUCCUAAUACGAAAAGGCAGUUAGACCUAUAUUUACACGAGCAUAUGCCAACCUGCGUCUGUGUCAACUACUCCCUUUCAAAUCAUUGCAUACAGAAACUGGCUCACAUUUUAGUCGAUUGAAAUCAACCUAUGUGAAGAAUCUUAUUUUGGAACAAGAGUUUUACUCAUACACACACAGGGCGUUUCAAGAAACGUGGCCAAAAAGCCUUGAAAGUAAGGGAGAUGGAAUAUUUGCUCGCUGUCUUCAUAACUACUUUUUUUUUGUUGUGGCAGCCAUCUUAAGAUGACUAGAGACACUAUUUAUGACAGUAAUUAAAUUAAGUUAAUUAUUUUUAAUUAGUGAAGACAAGCAGUUGGCUCAAACAUGAGAGUUGAAGGCCUUCUUGCAAAGAGCCCAUUGCCCCUGUGAGGUUUUCGAAAAAGGGCCUCUGGUAGUUAUUGCGGAGGAAUAAAACUCAACCUAACUCAUCGGCAAAACCACAACCACAGCGCAGAUGAGCGCAACUAGCAAAGGACCAGGAUGACGUCACUGUUCACGACAACAAUUGCAGUGGUCUUAGUUCUUCUGCAUUCAUCAACCUACGUGCGCCAUGCAUGCUAGAAUCGCAAGCAAAGCCCUCACACUCGCGUAGCAAAGUAGAUCAAUGGUUGAUAUGACGACUCUCGCUCAUUUGGACGUCCCUGAAGAGUAUGCCAGCAGCGCUGUUCUGCAUUUUGAUUUCGGUUUCACCAGCGAAAUUCGUCAGAUUUUAUCCCUCUGCAAUUUUUUUGACAGCAGUUACUUUUUGGAAAUCUCAAAGCGGCAGUGGGCUUUUAGAAGGAAGUGCUCCAAUUCUCUCAUUUGAGCCAACCACCUGUUCCCACUAAUUAAAAAGUUAAUUUAUUUCUUUAAUUACUAUCAAUAUUGAUGUCUCUAGUCGUGUUAAGAUGUCUGCCGUCACAGAAAAGUAAUUGUGAAGGCAGCAAGCAAAUAUUGCAUUUCCCUUAUUUUUUACGAUUUUCGAACACAAUUCAUGAAAAACCCUGUUUAGUUAAGUAUUGGGAGCGUGCAACACCUAAAAGAGGCAGUGCUGCCAUCGAAUGCAUGAGCAAACCCACUGUGCAGCCUUUCCCAUCACGCCUCCUACAUUUGCGUGUAUUUGCCUGCAUCAUCUUACAUAGUUGUAAAAAAAGCCAGUGUUGGUGUUUGUGCAGUGAAGACUUCUUCGAUGUCUCAAGUGUUGACAAAGGGGCUAAAACUGCAGCAGAUGUCUCAAGUGUUGACAAAGGGGCUAAAACUGCAGCAGAGUGGCCACAUUAUAGUUGUACAGGAGAAACGAGAGCCAGUGUCCUGAAAAGAUGGUGCUUGUGACAAAAAAAAUAUGGACAUGGAAGUUUACGCUGUCAUGAUACUGACUUCUAAGCAUCAUGCUCCAUUUGUUUAAGGUGAACUAAAAGCAUAUUUCUCGCUGUGUGGAUUCAUGAUCCCAGAAACUGAACUGAUUUCGACAUUCACAGAUGGUAACGAACUAGCAUGCAUGUAAUGCACAUAGCACUCAGUUACACCAUGUCUACAAGACUUUAUGCUAUGCUAUAACUUGUGAACGUGCAUCAGAGGCCAUUUUAUGCCAUAAUAUAAACCGCAACAGCUGGUUGCACAGGCAACCUUGAAAACAAGGGAGAAACAUUGUACAGGUUCACUAAAUUGUUUGCAUUUGACAGUUAUCUCACGGUAGUAUUUUGAGCUGUUAGAAAAGAGGUGUUAGCUCACUAAUGGUGCACUAAAUGAACUAAUUACAAUGAGGCAAGCUGUGAUCACGUUGAAAGGGCACAUGUGCAGGCAUGAUAAUGUCAACAAGCAUGCACUUCAUGCAGUGCACACUUGGUAACCACUUCUCUAGCUCCUUACAGAGGAACAGUUGUGUUGACAAAUGAAGAAAAAGAAAAUAAUAAUGAAUAAAAUAUUUUUCCCGGUAGACAGUUAAAAGUAAUUGCUGGAAUGACCAACAAUGCAACAUCUCAUGCAUGACAUUAUGAAUUUGUGAUGUAAGCCUGCACAGUGCUUAAUUGCACAUCCUCUGCAACAAAAAAUUUAUUACAAUGCUUUCAUUCCACCCUGGGGAAUGGCACUAGCAUUGUACCACAUGCUUCCCAUACUUUUGUGUAAAGGAUCAUGCUUUCCAUAUCAGCUGGGGUUGAUGCAUAAAUUAAUCAGAUUAUGUUGACUAGAACGCAAAAGCAUUUGUUUGGUGAAUCUACUUGGCUUGUGUGGCUAGUGCCUCUGAGGCUUUGCAGCAUAACUACUACAUCUUUAAUGGAUGUGAAGUGCAAAUAAACUAUGUUUUAUGCCUGUGUCUACCUUUUCAUAUUGUCAUUCUGCUUCUGCAUAAAACAUUGUUUGCUAUGGAAUACUACCAACUCGCCCAAACUGGUACCCCGCAUGUUGGGGUUUGAUUCUACGGUACUGAAGAGCAACAGCCCUUAGAAUGAAUUUCAAGUUUUCUUUGCUGCAGAAUCUUUUUUAUUAGCAUCGCCUUGAAGCAUAAAAUGGGACUGAUCUCUUUGAUAGGUUGCAUAGUAGCUUAUCGAGUUUGGUCAAGGUGUAGAUGCUUUAAUAUUGUGGCCCUUGAUGUCUUGCAUUGUGAAUAUUAUCAGUUCAUUUACCUAUGUUUCUCUGUGCACUUACAAAGUAUAGAGUGUUACAAGGUGUUCUUUUUGUUGUUGUUUUUUUGUUAAUCUGGUGAAAGUAGCAAUGUCACCUUUAAAUGUGAUGACUUUGAUGCUACUCCACAAGCUCUGUGUUUUAUUUAUUUUGAGCUAUUGCAAACGCACAAAGUUGUAUUGUGAAACAUUUGAGCCAGCUUCAUAGAGCAGCUUGCAGUAUACAGUCUGCAGUGACAAGUAACAGUUAUUGCAAUGUAGUCCACUGUUAGACUGAACUCAUAAGAACGGAGCAUGUGCAAAAUUUUCUCUGCCAAAUCUGGAAGUACCUGGCUUUGCAGCAGGCAUAUGCGGCAUCGGUUUAUUUUUGUGCACCUUUGCUGUACAUCCGCACUGGCUCUGCGAACAGCUGGAGUACACCUACGUGUUUCAUGUGCACUGGCAUGUUCCCUUUAGCAGUGGAUUGCACUGUAUGUUAAAAAAAAUAAAAAACAUAAUUGAAUAUCCUUUCUUUUAAGUUCCGUUACAUUUCAAGAAGGUAGCCCAUAAUCAGUGGUGUAUGUUGUGCAGGCUGUCCUAGCUUUAACCUACACUGUGUUUUAGCCUUAGCUGAAAUCAGUGAACAGGCACACAUUUAUGUAAUAUAUAUAUAGUUUCAUGUCUCAUUCCUCCUCCACCCUCAUGAUGUAGCUCAUUCAACUUUAUCAUAAUCCAUUUGUAUGUACAGCACUAAGGCUUGUUCAUCUCUUUGCUAAGCAAAGGAUUUCAUACUUAAACACUCUUUUGUGAAAAUGUUCUGCCACACACUGUGGCAUGCGCUAAGCUGUACCAUUGAUGUUGGACCCGGUCAACCGAGCAGUAGGAUAGUAAACUUGAAUGCAAGAACCAUAAAACUCAUCUGCUUUUGUCGUGAGCGUUGCACCGCAUUCAUUGUGCCAUAGCUUCUAGCAUGUUAUCAUGCGUGCUGCUAUGUUUUUGCACAUGGGGUAGUGGUUGUACAUACUGUAAAUAUUGCAAUGCUUCAGAAUUACUCAUGGGGACGCCCUUUUGAUACAUUGUGGCAUGAUGCUAAAUGGCCCUUAACUCGGCAUUUUGUGUCACUUGUAUUUUUUGUGCCGUAUUUGCUGUGUGUUCUGUUGACAAUUGGCAUCUGGUUUUUCAAUUUUGUAUUCAUUGUGGUGAUGUGUUGUGAUCACAUUGUGUUUCAUUUUAUGACAUGGAAGCCACUGAGGAAAUAAAAUUCCUGAAUCUGCCCA